AGGGGGAGGUGAUGUCAUGACGUUUAGAGUUGUCAACAAACAGAAGAAGAGACGUGACCGUGGGCCCCAUGCUGUGUGAUGUAAACAAAUAUCUAUUCAACAGAGAUCUAAACAGAGAUGAAGAUCUCUUACAUGAGGCGGGUCUUACCCAGUUUCUCAAAGAAACCCACGUUUGCAUCCACAUGCAGAGCCUUCCACGCAGAGAAAGUGAGUGCUGAUUCCAGGGGACUUCCAGUGGUCCACCACAGCAGGUAUGUGUGUGACCUCCCACCUGGCCACAGGUUCCCGAUGGGAAAGUUUCCCCGGGUCCUGCACUGCCUCCUCAAAGACCAAAUCGUCUCAGAACAGCAGGUUUGGACACCUGAGCUAGUAUCUGAGGAAGUACUGAACUGUGUACAUACUACGGAAUACGUGAAGAACUUUGUAAGCGGUAAGGUAGAAGAGAAAGCCCAGAGACGAACCGGGUUUCCCUGGAGCAAAGGCCUAGUGAGACGCUGUCGCUAUGAGACCGGCGGUACGUUGCUGGCGGCGGAGGUGGCUCUGGAGCGCGGCUUGGCCUGCAGCACGGCUGGGGGGACGCAUCACGCUUUCCCGGACCAUGGCUCAGGGUUCUGUCUGAUCAACGACCUAGCGGUCACCGCACGGUACCUGAGGAACUCCUCUUCAUGCCCCUCCUCCUCCUCUACCGCCGGUAGGAAGGUGCUCAUCGUGGACCUGGACGUCCAUCAGGGCGAUGGCACUGCGUAUAUUUUUAAAGACGAGCCAGGGGUUUUCACGUUUUCAAUUCACGGCGAGAAAAACUUUCCCCUGCAUAAACAACGGAGCGACCUGGAUGUCAGUCUGCCAGACGGAACGGAGGACAGGCAGUAUCUCUCCACAGUUGAGGCACACCUACCUGGGCUGUUGGACUCGUUUCGCCCCGACCUGGUGCUGUACGACGCCGGCGUCGACCCCCACACUGAGGACGACCUGGGAAGACUCAGACUCACCGACACAGGGUUGUAUCAGCGCGAUCUUUAUGUUCUGAAGACUGUGGUGGCAAGAGGCAUUCCCAUAGCAACCGUCAUAGGUGGUGGCUAUGCCAGCGAUGUCGACAAGUUAGCCGUCAGACACUCCAUCGUGCACAGAGCAGCGACACAGGUUUGGAAAGAAUGUGGAAUGUAGAAAUCUACGAAGGGGAGCCCCGAAGAUGUGUCCAAGUUAUGUGCGUAUGUGUAUAUUCUGCAUUCUGUGUUCGCCGUCCGUCUUGAGGGCUUUUGAGGAAAUAAAAGAAAUCAUUAAAACAUCGGACACAAUUUAUUAACAUAGAAACAGACACGGACGUCACUUCCACAAGAGAUUCAUCACAGUUGGUCAAGGCAGGCUGUACUGCUGUGGGCGUGGCCUCUGGCCCAUGGCCCAAUCAGAACAGCCGAACAGUACGCGGCCAGGAUGUCAUCGACUGACAUCCAUCGGCAAGCAGGGACACUUGCAUCGCAAUGCAAUGUUUUUUCACAGUAAAUGAGGCAGUCGAGAACACGCUAAUUGCUUAGUUUAAGUCGCAAUGAUUUAAGUUGAGAUAGGCGACAUGGGACAAAUCACAAACACGCAAACCACCGACGGCAACAUCAAGCAGGACUGGUGAUGGUUUAGUGAAGUUUAGGAACCAGGUUACACAGAUGUUUCGGAAGAUACUCGUUGGUUGGUGAACACAAAAAACUUUCUCGAAAUCCUAUAAAGAAAGUUGGAUUCUCAUGUUCACAAGACAUGCAACCCAAGUGCAUUUUCAUGAAUAGGCAGAGAAUACGUAAGUAGCAAUUUUAAUUUCCUACUAAUAUCCACAUCUCUAGAAGCCUUUUAAGACCAAAUGGAAGAGCUAAAAUCACAGGAAGUCCUCUUUGGCUAACAAAAAAAUCCUUUGAACGAAUAUAAGUAUUUUAGUUUUGAAAUACUAACCCUAUAACACACAUAUAAAAUUUGUUUGCGCAAAAAUUGUACAGCAGAACGAUAGUAAACAUUUGCACUUUGAAAGGAACCCCACUGAAUACUUUAGAUACUGCUUAUAAGUCGAUAAAAGUAUUUGCCAUUUGAUGCCACACAACAAACACAGCUGUAACAAGUCCAAAUGUAGGCAACCCAAAGUUCUGUCAUGAUAGCCGGAGUCAAGUGGAGCCAUUACAUAUUUGUAUUCGUCAUGUUUCUAUAAGUCUUUCAAGGUGCUGCUUUCAAACAAAAGUUGAACCAUGGGCCGUUCUUUGUGCUUUUUGAUGAGGCAGAAUUCUGGCUAAUAAGUGAAAUAAAAAAAAAUCAAGUAUGAUUGUUUUGUUGUUACUAAGAACAUAGCAUGGCAUAAGUGAGGGGGAAUUCAGUUGGCUGUGGAACUGUUGACACUGUAUCUAGUCUGUCGCACGGUCAAGCAGAAUGAACGCAACAAAAGAAACGUCAAGUUUAAAAGUUUAAAAUCAGAUCUUCCACACCUGAAUCUUCUCUGCCACGACGCACCAGUUGGCGUGGUCAAAGAAGGAGGCGACGACGUGAAGCUCCUCCAC